CCUAGGUUCGGCUUUCUAUAUUUCUAACAAUGACAUGGGUACCACCGACCCCCGGGAAAUCCCAGAGUUGACUUUAUCGGCACUGCCUGGCCACGAUGGUCGCGUCAACAGGGGAUACACGUCUCCCGAAAUCGAACUUCAGAACUAUAACCUGGCUUUGGAAACAACACCGCGAGUUAACAAGUCUCCUCCCCCACCAUCCUCCACUGGGAGUAGCAGUGGCAGCAUUCGCUCUGUGAGUCGCGCCAGUUAUCAUCAGCAGCAGCAGCAACAGCAUCAGCAACAGCAGCAGCAUCAUCGUUCCGAGAGCGCGAACGGCUCGACGAGAAGAAUUCUUCUCACAGCAUCGAUGGAAAUAGCGAGGCCGCCGUUGAUGUGUCAAAGUAGCGAAGACGAAAGCAGGACGAGGGAUGAGGAUAGCCAGAGGGAGGAACUGGGUAAACCCAAGCGGGACAUCAUCGUCGACAUCGGCGCCGACUACAUGCGCGUGAACGGCGCCAUCAGCUCGUUCAAGCAGCUACAGAAGCCUGUGUCGAUGCAGUCGCUGCCGACAUCGUCCAAGAUCAGUUGCGCGUCCACGGAGGAGGCCGGGGUGGCUCUGGUGGGGACGUCGGAGUACCAGAAGUACACUGACGAGCGCAACGCCAGGGCGCGGCAGAAGAGCGUGGGGUACCGCCUGGGCAGGAGGAAGGAGUUAUACGAGAAGCGAAAGAAGAUCUCUGACUACUGCCUUGUGUUUGGAAUAUUUGGGAUUGUUACUAUGGUUCUAGAGACGGAACUUACUAUGGCAGACGUUUAUCCGAAGCACAGUUUCUACUCCAUCGCCAUAAAAUCUCUCAUUUCCAUUUCAACUGUGAUAUUACUGGGUUUGAUAUUAGCAUAUCAUGGUUUGGAAAUACAGCUGUUCGCGGUAGACAACUGUGUGGAGGACUGGAGGAUCGCCAUCUCGUGGAGGAGGACAAUUCAGCUGUCAGUAGAAAUUGUGAUAUGUGCCGUGCACCCCAUUCCUGGCUCCUACAGCUUCUGGUGGACGACUCCGCAGACUAAGGACAGGGCGUCCACCAGGACUCUGGUGCCCGUGGACGCGGUCCUGUCCAUCCCCAUGUUCCUCCGCCUCUAUCUCAUCGCCCGAGUCAUGCUCCUGCAUAGCAAACUGUUCACGGACGCCUCGUCCAGGAGUAUAGGGGCGUUAAACAGGAUUAAUUUUGAUACCCGUUUUGUGAUGAAGACGCUCAUGACAAUAUGCCCAGGGACAGUUCUAUUGGUGUUUAUGUUGUCACUGUGGAUUAUUGCCAGUUGGUUGCUCAGGGCCUGUGAAAGUUAUCACGAUGAUAUCCAUGCCAACAUUUUAAAUUCCAUGUGGGUCAUAGCCAUAACUUUCCUAUCUAUCGGCUACGGCGAUAUAGUUCCAAAUACGUACUGUGGCAGGGGCAUAGCCAUAGCAACGGGCGUCAUGGGUGCAGGAAGCACGGCCUUGGUUGUAGCUGUGAUAGCAAGAAAACUCGAACUUAGCAGAGCGGAGAAACAUGUUCAUAAUUUCAUGAUGGACACACAGUUAUCAAAACAGUUGAAGAAUUCAGCCGCCAAUGUUUUACGCGAGACGUGGCUUAUAUAUAAAUACACAAAAGUCGUCAAGAAGGUGAACGCAAGUCGUGUGCGGACGCAUCAACGCAAGUUUCUUCAGGCCAUACACUGUUUACGGAGAGUUAAAAUGGAGCAGAGGAAACUGAUGGAAAACGCCAGCACGUUGAUCGAUAUGGCGAAGCCCGUAGGAAUGGUGGGUUUGGAUUCGAGGGCGGGCGUGUAUAUCUCCAUUCCUCAUGUUGAAUACAACCAGUGCCAGUCUCAUAUACAGGAGAUGGUGACAGAUAUGCAUGGCAACCAGUCGACGUUAGAGAAACGAGUUAACAAGAUUGAAGAAAGUUUGUUGGCGAUGCAGACUCAGCUGGAAGUCCUGCCGCGGCUGAUCGCCCAGAGUCUGUCCCAGCACCAACAGGAACAGCGACAGUGCAGAACAGCAGAACUCCGACCCAUGGAACCUCGGCGAUUCUCUCCCCCUCGUCGACGACGCCCCCUCCCACAGUCAUUGAACACCAGUAGCCAAAUAUAACGAUCACGCGACCAUGCAAGACACCCACGUACCUAGAGGCAGGUCGACGUCCCUCAAUCCCGAUAAUAAAAAUUACAACAAAGACCACCCAAAUGACACGAGACUAUGUGCACAGAGGGACAAGUACCGCGCCCAGUACAAAGCCGAAACUUUCUGAGAAGCCCUCCGAACCAAGGUCCGGGAAGAUUGUGAAGAUUUGGAGUUUGGACUCAAAGGUCUCAAACUAGACUCACUCUGUGUGCAAACUGCAUGCGGUUAGAGACGAGAGUCUUGGGAAUGAGUCAUGAGUUUAGAUUCUUUAAUGUUUACCAAUCAAGAACCGGCAUCAACGGAGCACAGGAAGUUACGGAUCGAAGGCACGCAACAGCGAAAUGUCAGGGAUGAAGUGUUUUCAGACUUAAGACUCGUUUAUACAUUACUGCGACUGCUAUACAGUGGUAAAGUCAUAUUGAAGUUGCAUUGACAGGAAACCUUUAUACGAUUGUGAGUAGUGAUGCUGCCAAAUCAUAAUCAUUCUAAUAAAUAACAACAAGAAACAAAUUGCAACUACAAUAAAAGACGGAUUGAGUUGGUGAAUGACAGAAUUUGAUACAACAUGGUCAUCUCAGUUUAGAAAUAACAUUACCAACAUGACAAACUGAAUGCAAACACCAUCGCCUGGUGUAAAUUCUGUACAAUCCACAUAAUGUUCGCUGAUUUAUGAUAUCAACCACCAACGAAGAACAUUCUAAAGUCUUCAACACUUCAGAGCGAAAGGUUUACGAUGACAUGGACACAUCAUGUAAAAUCUCAUCAAGUUUACACUCAGUGCUGUGACAAAGUCUGGGCGAUGCAGACAGUGUUCAGUUAAAAUGUGAGGACUUUGUCAAAGGCUUUGGUCUGGACGUUACAGCUUCAUAAGCCAAACAAAACGCACCUGACGAAUGGUUCCGAUUCCACGUUCUGUACAGACUGUGGGUGCUGCUGUUUAACACAACAGCAAAUGUUUUGUUACAGUGGUUAAAACGUAGAGUGUUCAUAGCUCAGGAGGUAAAGAAAUUCCAUACAGCUGGUUAUGUGCACCGUUCAACAUGAAAACAAACAGUCGUAAGGACAUUCUAUGCAUUUAGCAGUGGAACAAAUAGUUAAAUGACGCAUAAUUGGGUAUAGCAUGUAGUGUGUACUGUUUAGCCUGAGACCGAGCGGUUUACGCUGAUGGUGUAAUUCUGUACAGUCCACUCUUUACACCAUUUAAUGCAAGAACAAAUAGUUUGCCCUGUUUAAGAUGAGAAUAAAUGUGAUUCAGUAAAAUGGAAACACUGCACUCUGUAAACAAUAACGAAUGCUAUGUUUGUCUGGCAAUGUUUCAACCUUACAGCGUUUAGGAUUAAAACAAAUAGUUUACUGUGAUACGAGAAUUCGGUACAUCCGUAGCUGUUCACACUUAGAUUUUGAAAUUGCUCUCGAGUGAUAUGCGGAUUCUGAAAACCUAAAGACUUAAUGUGCACUGUUUACGAGUGUUUGGAGUGAUAUGAGAACCCUGUUCCACCUAGAGUGUGGUCUGAUUAAGAUUCCUUUGGAAUGGUGUGAAAAUUGUGUACAACAUCAUAUGUAAACUGUUGGACAUUGGUAUGAAAAGUGUGAUCGGUUGGACUGGUAUGAUACUGGCAUUCAACCUGAAAUGUGGACUGUUUUAUGAUCGGUUGGACUGGUAUGAUAGUGGAAUACUACCCGAAGACUGACUUGGUAUGAUAGAAACUCUUUAAAACCUAAAAUGAGGACUGUUUAGACCUGAAGUGAACACCACUGAAGAUUGAUUUUGAGUGAUAUGGGAAUUCUGUGAAACCUGAAAUAAGGAUUGUUCAAGGUUAAUUUUAAGUGAAAACUCUGUAUAACCUGAAGUCAAGACAGGACUGUUUUAACAUUGAUUUUAAGUGACAUGGGAAUUCCGUGUGACCUGGUUUGCAGUGAGCUCCUUGUGGAACCCGGAAGGACACAGCAUGAGGAAGUUGCCUGCUAAUGUGUUUGUCCACUCAGACAAUCCGAUGCGCUAGGAGGCAGACAUUAAUUCUUGGUGGUCGGAGGUAGUUCCAGAAUUCAUCCCAUAGAAGUGGCAGAGACAAUCUUGUUUAUAUAUCCACUAUACAGAAAGUAAAUCAUUUAUUUAAGCCAUGUCAGCAUAAGGGAAUUUGAACGACAAAGCGGUUUUCUGAAAAUAUACGAUAUACUAAACCAGGCUUAAGAUAAAAAUGUACGGUACCUCCCAACCCUUCCCUCCCUUCUCUUCACGUCUUGAUUAAUUCUGGAACAGACCUUACAGAUGAAUGGACGACCUGCACCAGGAAACUGCAACGAUCCAAAAACAGUGCCUUGGGUGUGCUGUGGUCAGUUGACACUGUCGAACUACACGUGAACUGCACGUGCGCUACAUGUAUACAAGCACAAGAAACAAAACUGUGCACAGUAUACGAUCACCAUUCAGUAAACUGAAAAACGCAUCACUCAUAAACGUCAGACACGUUCUGGGGGCUUCAGCUUUCGCUUCUUAGACUGGUUGUUUGCAUCUAACGUUAAACGAAUGUGAUAGCACAUAGAGUACGAUGGAAACCAGUCGAAAUGUUCCAGAGCGUUUACCACCCGAAGACGCCAAAUAGUCGUAUUCUAGCAUUGAAAUAUUCCUUUCCUAAAACAGUCAUAAAUUAUAAGAACACCCACCCACCCCAUUUCCCAUUUGUUCGUCAUCACAUUUUUGGUUUUGGUUUUGGUUUUGUUAUGUGUUGAAGUUAGUGUAUUCAUAAAACAUUUAGUGACCCGACUAAAAUCUUUGAGAAUAUUUUAGGGAAUUAAUCAUACGAUUUUGACAUCAACUUUGUUAAUAAUUGGUCUGCCAUUAUUCACUAAAACAAUAGUAAUAAUACAUUUUAAAAUCACUAUUUUUAUAUCGUCAUUGUAGUGUAACACGUAAGUACAAAUAUAUUGUUUGCUUUUAUUCUAUAUAUUGUAAGUUUCUUUAUCUUGAGUGAACUUAAGGAUAUAUCAUCAAAUAACAUUUCAUUAGUCCAACAGUGAGAUGGUACGUAAUAGCUGGCGCCACAAUCUGAUAACCGAUUUUCUUUGGGACAUACUGUAAAGAGUAACAGAAUUCCAGAUACGAUACCAUUCCCAGAGAAAUAGCCAUCCUCCUUAACUAACUUGCCAAAUAAAAAACAAGAUUUGUUUACGAAAGCUAGUUUAGAAACUUAAUACAAUAUAACUAUUCCAAUAGCAUUCAUGACUUCACAGUAUACAUUGAGGCCUCACACGAAGUAUAAAUUAUAGGGCGAAGUCACUUCUUUCUCAAACUAAGAAAAGAUGAAGCUUUUAAUAGGAAGGAGAUUUGUUUUUCUUUCUUUAAAAGGUCAUUGCCAGGGUGAAGUCAAGCUGAUCAGAGCGAAGUCUUUGCUCACUUCAUCCACUCGCGUGAGGCCUAUGCAUAAUUUUCAAAUGAUUUAGUAACAGGUUCAGUUCUUGCUGUAUAUAUCUGGAAAUACUAGCCUCAAAUAAAUCCAAAUUUAACCUACACCUCAUCUGUCCAUUGCAUAUCGUAAAUGGUUAGUUCUAGACAUACAUUUGGGCGUUUAGUAUCAAGUAGGAUCGUCAUUUUCUGAUUAUCAGCAUCGCUGCCCUGGUACUGCAAAGUUUAGUAAGUGAUGAAUUAACAAAAUGGCUUUAUUAAGCAGUUCAAAUGGUGGUGUUGUUCCUCACAUUUAACGAUAUUUGUCAGGAUUCUGGCUGUAUUAGUCUGAUGUUUAUUUAAACAUAACACAAUUCAUAUACUAACCCAUUUUCUUCCCGAUUUCCACGCAGCAGGACAAAUAAGUUUUGGUCUUUAUGUGAACUCCUCCAUCUUUGUUUUGUUCUUUAUGUAAAAUUUCCCAUCUUAGAUCUCGCACCUAUAUCUGUCCACUUUGUUGACAUAAGAUACGCAUGUCCUUGCGAUAUAUCACCUACUAUCUGAACUAUAUUUGAAAAUUUAAUCUCCAAGUUCAGAUAUGCGUUUGUACAAACAUGGUAUGAUUUAGGGUAGGGGUUCAGAAAGUAGCUCCUAUUCAUGGUGGCGUUAUUUUCGACUCCGUUGUGUGCAGUAAUACAAUUCUGGUUGUGUUUAUGGGCGUGUUUCGUCCUAUAAAUUGUACGUAUCUUACUAGGUUUGCCAACCAUUGUGCUUUCAGUCAAUCUGUUUCGGGCGUAAUCAAUUAAAUACAUCAAGUAUAUUGUGUAAUGUACUCCAAGGCUAUCUGUCUAGUCGAUUCUGUUUCAUCUCGCCAACCUCUGUCGCCUAUACAAAUUACUUAAAAGUCUGCCUCAUCCAUUAAAUUAUAAUGUUAGUAGGAGCGAAAAAACUGGUAGACAUUCCUAGCAAUCAAAGUUGUUGCUCUAGUGAAGAAGAAAACAUAUGGCUGGAAUAAUUUGAGAAAUAAUAUUCCCUGUCAAGAUCUCCAGUUCACACAGCUUUUCGCGAUAGAUGAUUGGUAACUACAAUGUCAUAAACUCGAAGGUGAUAACGUUAAGUUUAAUACAGCUUCAGAUAUGUUUUAAUGUUUGCAAGUUUGCAAGUUUGCAAUAUGAGUUGUAAGUUGUAAACACAUGUUUUAAUAGGAUACACUUAAGAAAUAACCAAAUGGCAGAUUUAUGCAUGUAUCGCAGCGGAAACACGUAAGAAAUAACCAAAUGGCAGAUGUAUUGCAUGUAUCUGCAAUACAAUGUGUUUUUAACAUUCAACCAUUCUUAAAAAAAAAUUAUUUACUGAAUCACCAAUGAAAACGUUUGGGUUUUAUCGUACAUGUUGUUCAUAUUCUGUUAAUCAUGAUCUUUCGUUUUCACACUUCAUACUUUCUUUAUUAAGCAACAUGAAAAAACCCCGGAAAUAUAUAAACAUGUAUGUAUGUAUGUACGUACGUACGUAUGUACGUACGUAUGUACGUAUGUAUGUAUGUAUGUAUGUAUGUAUGUAUAUGCAUUUGUACAGUGUUCGAUACAAGUGCAUAAAAAAACAAAAAGUUCUCAACGACCACCUAUGACACUCAGUCUUUUGGCCUGUAUAUGCGGGUGGUCGUUAUAUAUAGAUAGAAUAAUUAUCUUGGUAUGCAUAGCUAUUCUGAAAUGACUGUUCUAGACAUGUUAUUGCUAUAAAAGUUCUUUUUGACAGACUCAAUUGUAUAUUGAAUAAUUCUGUAAAGUACCUUUGGGACCGUUCACAAAUAUCUGCAUUUUCAGUGGCGUACGCUUCAGUGUGCGAGGUUGGGGGGAUAGGUGGGGGUAUGUUAAUGCAAGAGUAAGCUUUUAAAGUUAAUACAAAUUUGAUUAAAUACAGCUUGCAAAAUAGAAAUGUUAACAUUUGUAGGAGAGGGUAAGGGACUAGCAGAGGAGAAUAGUUUUUGUAAGACGUGAAGAUGUGAAUAAUUGUUGUUGCCCUUUGAAGUUAUACAUAAUAUAAUCCAUAUUCAUGUUACUACCAAGUACAGUGUUAUUAAUAUGUUUAUAUGUAAAUAUUGUUUAUAUGUAAUUAUAUGUAAUUAUUCCUGUACAUACUCAACCAGAAUGAAGUUGAUUUAUACUAUUCACUGUUAUUCCUUCCUCAAUUCUUACCAAUUUCAUGUGCAGUUGUUGAAAGUAUUGCUUUAAAAUAACAUUGUGAAAAAUAGAGAUUCACCGAAAAUCUAGAUUUUUCAUCCACUGCUCUAAUGUUCGAUUUUACAUGUAUGCAUCUGUGAAUCAUAACCCAUUUUGGAAUGACAUUAAAUAUUUCAAUCUUUCAUUCAUUCAUUCAUUCAUUCAUCGAUAAUUACAUGUAUAUCCAUCCAUUCAUCCAUUCGUUCAUUUAUUCCCCAUGGUUCGUAGAAACAAUAUUCCAUUACUUCGUAUUGCAGCUUUUCCCUCCGAUGAAUCCCAAAGAACGUAUUUCCGUUAGCCUUGAUAUAUCGUAAUUUAGUCUUAAUGCACAAGCCAUUGACCUUGUUUUGACGAAUGUCAUUAUGCAAGAAUGUUUGACGUGUUUCCGAAAACAUUACUUUAAGCCAGACAGACAACAGUAAGUUCCGUGUUUACUGUCUUCACUCGCGACUGAAACUUCGAGUCUAGACUGACGCUACACAAAUUGAAGGAUUAGAUCUGGUGUUAUUACAGUUCGUUCAUGUACUGCUCUUUGAGACUCUAAAAUUGCACUACCUCAACCCAUUGAUUUUCUUUGGUCAGAUAGGUUGUGGCUUUGCAAUUAUGCAAAUUUCCAGAACUUGCCUGCUUCCUACCAACUCCGCAUCACACGUUUAUUAGAUUUUGUUAAACUUCCACAAAACCAUGACAAAAGGUUUGUUUUAUGCUGUUUAAAAUCAGUUGGUUUCAAAAACCAAAUUACUAUUGUUAAUUACAUUAGUAAAACAAAUGGGAUUGAUUUUAAGAACUUGGUUUACUUGCCUAGUGUAUUGAAUGAUGUUCUAAAUACUGGUCUGUGCUAACACCCUUAUGGAAGAUCGCUUGCUAUUUCUUAGUUCAUGCAUUUUAUUUUACAACAUCUGAGAUGCAUGGUUCUAUAGACAUUAAUGGCAUCCUUGCCCUCAUAAAAAUCAGCGAUCAAGCAAAACUCUCCUUUUGUUCUAUUUUCGCAAACAUCAAGUGUGUGUAAAAAGAGUAAUAGUGGUUUCAUAAUGUGCCCCAACGGGCAUUAGUUAAUAUUGUUUCCCAUUUUAGCUCAGUUAAUAACAUGCUGGAUUUGGUUCGAAUCCCCUCAGUGGAAGCUGGGAUAAUUAUUAAAGAAAGAUUAUUUGCAGAAUAAUGAACCACAGUUGUAUUUGUCUGCAUUAUAUCAUUUCUCUCUUUUUUUCGUUGUUUACCUACAAAUAUCCAAGUACACAGUUUUAAGCGAUUGUUCGUAAAGUUCCUAAUUCAAUUGUUUAAAAUGUGUUGUUGUUUUUUUGUUCAAGGUUGUAAUUAUGAUCGAGAAAAGAAGACGUUAUUCAUUGUUAUUAAUGUGCUCAUCAUCUACUGUCUGUGUUGGGUUUCAGUUAGUUUCGUCUUUCUAUUUUUCUGCAUCAGUCCGUCCGUUGUCCAUUCUGUAAACGUUAAGACAAUGUCAUGGUGUGUGUAUCCACAUGUGUAUUAACAUUCUUGGGUUACUAAUUAAAUGAAUUACAGAACAAAAAGUGGUGUUCAUUACGUCUGUGAUUCCUUGUCUCGUAUUCUGAUUAAUUUCUUUGGUACCUUGUAUACGAAUAAAUACUUCGAGGCGGUCACAGAACAAAGAUGCGAAAAUAAAAUAUUGCUAUGGAUAUUUUGAGAGAGAAAAAAAUUCAAUAUUUUAUUUAUAUUUAUUAUUAAUAUGAUGAUGAUGAUGGUAUUAUUAUUAUUAUUAUUACUAUUAUUAUUAGUAGUAGUAGUAUUUUGCUUUUGGUGAUUAAAAGAACUCAGCGGUCAGUUAGGCUGUUUUGAUCUAAGUGUACGUGUAUCCGUGUGUUGUUUCAUAAAUCAUGCAUCGUUCUUCCAUUCCAUUUAAAUCCAAUGCAAUUAAGUCAUUUGUCUGUGACGUUAUUCUUAUUGCGCUCUUUCUUGUUCCUGCAGUACUGGGGGUAAAACAUUGUUUUAUAAGUUCAAACUCUGUUGAGGUGUUGAUUAUUAGCUUUUGGUUUUUUUCUUGGUGACUUUGUGAUGGGAGUUAUUGUUGCAAAUAGUUUGCUUAUUUUCGUCAUUCCCUAGUAUAAAAAUACAGUGGUCGAUUAAAAAAACAAAAAAACAAUAUCGAUCUCAAGAUUUUGAGAUAAAUACUUAAUGUGAUGAUUUUCAACCAGACAUGCGUUGGCAAAACUCUUUAAUGUGAUGAUUUUCAACCAACCAUGCGUUGGCAUGGCGCCUUAUUAAAUACAUGUCUUGUUAUUGUGUGAUAGUUAAAUGAUGUACAAAUAAAAGAUGAAUAGAACAAGGGCUCCCAAAGAAUAACGACCUACAGUAUUUGGGAUUUUGAAAAACUAGUCUCUCUUUGACCACCAACACACACACACACACACACACACACACACACACACACAUCCCCCAUCCCCACUAUCAAAACGAAAAUGCAAGUCCACUUGUGUAAUUGAGAGGGCGUCUGUCUGUACGUCUAGGGGGGUUGGGGUGUGUGGGGUGAUAAAGUAAAUGCGAUUUGAAGGGUAGCAUUUAAAUUGGUUACGAAUUGGGAACGACAUGUGCCGAUUACGAAGUAUCAACUGAAGUUGACAUUAUUAACGAGUGAACUCUUCACUGAAAUAAAUAUUGUACAAUAUGGACAUUUUCAAGUCCGGGGAAAGAUGGGACCCCCCCCCUCCAAAGAUCAUAUCUGGUGUGGGUUAAACAGACCUAAAACAUAGAUGACCAGAGUCGGUUUAUCUUAGUAGCACAGCUACGAGCCCCGCAGUGAUAUGUACAUUUAUUUUCCCCUUCUCCCCGAGGAGGCUGCAAAAUAUAUAUCCUGGGAAGGCGGCCCCGCUGUUAAUUGUGCUACCGGCCCCGCGGAUCAAUAAACCGGCUCUAUAGAUGACCCUGAUUGCAGUUUCCACAAUCCAUUUCAAAGUUUUAAAGUAGGAUCUACUCUACGUUUGCGCGCAUCACACGGUAACUGCGUGUAACUAGAGCAAUUAACACGGAAUCUCAUUAUCAUGUCUUACACAGGUGGUUUGAGGUUCGAGGUAAUAUGGCUUUGUUUAAAUGAACUGUAUAAAUCCAAGUGCAAUGUUAAUACCAUCCCUUGUUAACAGUGCAUGUUUACUUUGUUAAUUUGUUGUUUUUUUCUUCUUUAAAAAAAAUAUAUUCCCUGUUGCUUUUUACAAACCAAAUCAUCUGAGAAACAAAUAAAACGUUGUAAAUA